GACCAGCUGGUGAGACUUGUUCUCGCGGCUCCGCAUUUACGACUGCAUGGUUGUCCACACCAGAGGAGCGUUGAGCAUGUAUAAGUUUCCUCCGAGCCGUCGGCGAAUUAACACGUGUGCUCUUGCACUUGGGUUUGAACUCGCUCAAUUAGUUGCUGUGGUGAACAUAUUCGUCCCCGUUUCGAGGAAACUGCUCCGAGAUAGACCGUUUCCUGUAUCCGCCGUAGUAAAUUGAGGCUACUCUUGCAGCAGUACAGGAUUCCGUCUCAGGCGCUCUGUCUACUUCCAGAUAUUUAGGUGAGCCUGAACGCUGCACCGUCGCGUCCAUUCGCCGCCUGUCUCCGUCGCUGUCUGUCGUCUGGGUAAACGCCAGUCCGCCUGCAAGCGUAGACGAUCAGAUCAGCUUAACUCGCGACCAUGGCAGAACGCGUGAAGCAGGAGCCACGUCCAGCGGCCAAGAAGGCAGAGGAGCAAAUCAAGUUGGACAUGCAGUUUGAGACGGGGGAACGGCUUGUCCAGCCAGGAGGCCAGGUUACUGGUGAACGAGCAGGACGGAAGUUCGCUCCUGGGCUGGAUAAGAGGGAAGAAGGGCAGAGCGAGACUCCUAAGAAGCAUGAAACAGAAUGAUGUUUGCCUGCUCGCGAAAUGGAGGCAGGGCUUAGGAUGGGCAAGCAUCUGUACCAAGAAAUGGCUUCAGUGCUGCACUCCACACAGGGCUAUGUGCAGUGAAAUGUAGGGGGGACUAGCGCGGUCUCUACUCAUUCAGCUGUUUUCCUCUUGGAAUGUGAGACUUAGUGCUUGUUCUGUUGUGUAAGAUGUCCGAUGCCCGUGUACUGAAGCAUCUAAAGACGGG